UUGCUCGCAAUGGAUGAACUCAGAAUUUUGCAACUUAACGAUUAUUGCAUAGAGAGAAUAUUGGAGUUUACUGAAGUAAAAGCACGAAUAAGUUUCGCCCACACAUGUUCGAGAUUCAGGAAUGUUUUUCAUGGCUGGUCACGACGUGGAUACGCUAAUUAUUAUUUGGUUGGUGAUGUUGAACCUUGGGAGUUAACAUUGCUAAGUCUUGUUUCAGAAAGUGUUAAAUCACUAAACAUAUUCGCCGAUGAUCUGGUUAGUUCAUUUAAUGACAAUUACUCUAAAAAUAAAAGGAAUGAUGCUUUUUCAAAAUUCUAUAACCUGAUCCGAAGCAUGAAAAAUUUGGAGUCCAUCAAGAUAAGGCAGAUAUAUCCUCACCCGAUCACCAAACUCUUAUUGAGGGCCAUUCACGAAUUACCAAAUGUAAAGCAACUGCAUAUAUGCAUUCUACGGCACGACAACGUUGGAAAAAUAUUACUGCAAAAUUGCCGAUCUCUGACUGCACUAAGAAUUUUACACAUAUCGAAGGAAGUGAGCAGUUCAAGUCUACGGAAUAUACUGACUUUUUUGCCUGAGCUACAAGAACUGAGCUUCUAUAUAGAUCGAUCCACUGAGUCACCAUUGCUGGUCUGCUAUAGAAAUCAAAGAACAUCUCUGACGACGAUUUUCGAUUUCCUGGCCAGCAAGCAAACAUUAAGAGUCCUUCGAGUCAAGGGACAAAUCACAGCCAACUACGAGGCACAGUCGCUCGCCAAUAUAAAAUCAUUAAGGGACCUGGAUUGCAGUUUUAAUAACCCUAAACUGGUCAUAUAUCUAACGUCACUCACCUCUUUGCAGAGCUUGCGAAUAACGUACCUUCAUCAUAUAGAUAUAUCUGCCACAUAUCUGGAAGUAAUACGGCAGUGCAAAGAUCUCCGGUUUUUACGACUCUUCGACUGCAAUAUAAAUCCUGACUUCGUCAAUAAAGCGUCUGAAGUAUUAAAACAGAAUGAGUCAAAAAAUACGUUUCAUCUAUUAAUUCACGGAUGGCAUGAUACAGAUACGUUAAAUGAUUUUAAAGCAAAAGCCUCAGCCAGCAAUAAUCUGAGGUUGCUUUCUGUAACAGCCAUUGAUCUAUUAACAUUAUAAAAAAAUAUAAAUAAA